GGAGACGGGUAUAUUCACUUGUACAGGACAGAGACAGGAGAAAAAGGUGCUCGCACAGCUGCACGCGCUCUGCUCUCCGGUGGUGGUGGUGGUGUUAAUAGUGGUAGUGUUUGUUGGUGGUGUGCUACAGCGCAUGCUCAGAUCUCCUGCUUGUGCAGCUGCAGCUUUCUGCUUCUUCACUGAAAGGUGGAUUAAAAUUUAAGCCUAAUGGAUAUAAAGAUGACUACAUCAUGGAGCGACCGCCUUCAGCAUUACGCAGACCUCCCAGCGAACAUGGACAGAUUGGCAAUGAAAAAAUACAGACGCGAAGCCUAUCACAGAGUAUUUGUGAACAGAAGUUUGGCAAUGGAGAAGAUCAAAUGCUUCGGUUUUGACAUGGAUUACACUUUAGCAGUAUAUAAAUCUCCAGAAUAUGAAUCCCUGGGUUUUGACCUGACUGUUGAGCGGCUGGUUUCUAUUGGCUACCCACAGGAACUGCUCAGCUUUGUGUACGACCCGUCCUUCCCUACGAGAGGUCUGGUGUUUGACACAUUGUACGGGAACCUCCUGAAGGUUGAUGCCUACGGAAACAUCCUGGUGUGUGUCCAUGGCUUCAAUUUCCUGCGCGGGCCUGACAUCCGAGAGCUCUACCCCAACAAAUUCAUCCAGCGUGAUGACACUGAACGCUUCUACAUCCUCAACACUCUUUUCAAUCUACCAGAAACCUACCUCUACGCCUGCCUCGUGGACUUCUUCUCAAGCUGCGACCGGUAUUCGAGCUGUGAGACAGGCUUCAAAGACGGAGACCUCUUCAUGUCCUUCAAGAGCAUGUUCCAGGACGUGCGGGACGCCGUAGACUGGGUCCAUUUUAAGGGAACCCUGAAAGAAAAAACAGUGGAGAACCUGGAGAAAUACGUGGUGAAAGACCCCAAGCUGCCUCUGCUGCUCAGCCGCAUGAACGAAGUCAGCAAAGUGUUCCUGGCCACCAACAGCGACUACAAAUACACAGAUAAAAUCAUGACCUACUUGUUUGAUUUCCCCUAUGGUCCCAAGCAAAGUCUUCCGCAUCGGCCAUGGCAGUCUUACUUCGACCUAAUCCUGGUGGACGCACGGAAGCCGCUGUUCUUUGGGGAGGGAACUGUACUGAGACAGGUCGAUACGACCACCGGGAGGCUUAAGAUUGGAACAUACACGGGACCUCUGCAGCAUGGCAUAGUCUACUCUGGAGGGUCCUCAGACAUUGUGUGUGACCUUUUGGGUGCUAAAGGAAAGGACAUCCUUUACAUCGGGGACCACAUUUUUGGAGACAUUUUAAAAUCUAAAAAGCGCCAGGGUUGGAGGACGUUCCUGGUAAUCCCCGAACUCGCCCAGGAGCUGCAUGUCUGGACUGACAAGAGCUCGCUUUUCGAAGAACUCCAGGGUCUGGACAUUUUCUUGGCAGAGCUGUAUAAACAUUUGGACAGCAGCAGCAAUGAGAGACCGGACAUUAGUGCCAUCCAGAGGCGAGUGAAGAAAGUAACCCACGACAUGGACAUGUGCUACGGCAUGAUGGGUAGUCUGUUCCGCAGCGGCUCUCGCCAGACCCUGUUUGCCUCACAGGUGAUGCGUUACGCCGACCUGUACGCCGCCUCCUUCAUCAACCUGCUGUACUACCCGUUCAGCUACCUGUUCAGAGCUGCACACGUGUUGAUGCCACAUGAGUCAACAGUGGAGCACACUCACGUGGACACUGACACAGAGUCCCCACUGGCGACACGCAACCGCCACUGCAUCGACUGCAAGGAAAUAGACUGCAAACGCAGCCAGCUGACACGCUCUCUUAGUGAAAUCAAACCCCCUAAAAUGUUCCCCCAGGUUCCACAGGAGAUCACGCACUGCCACGAUGAAGACGAUGACGAGGAGGAAGAGGAAGAGGAGGAAUAGACGUCUGUCCUCGAGUCAGGCCUGACGUUUUCUUCAAUUCCCUAAGGGAAACUUUCAACUUUAGUGAUGGGAACAAGAGUGAGGGUUUUUUAGGACAAAGAGGAACUUUGAAAUAUAAAAUAUAUCUAAAAAUAUAUCAAAUAUAAAAGUGUAGCAUGUAAGGGUCAAGCUCAAAUGGUUAAUGCAUCAAAGUUUAGCUUGGGUAAAUAAUCCCCUGGGGGAAAAAAAAAAGAUGUGUUUGCAGUUUCCAUGUUUUUUUUUUUUAAGUUUUACAGAAGGAAAAGAGCAAAGUGCAUAUUUAAUGUACACUAAGCUAUAUAAACUCAAGCUGAGUAUUCGAGUGGGACAUGUAUUCUAAUGAGUUUACAGUAUGUCAGAGAUGCACAAGUCAUUUUUCAGAGUCAAUCAUAUGAAAAAUGAUCAAACAAGCAACUAUGCUUCAUAUUCCAGCCUGUUAUAUAAUUCACAUAUUAUGCAUCGUGCUGUAAGUUAGUUGCAAAUGCAUGAUGUUCGGAAGAUUGAUUAUUCUGAACGUACUGCACAUAAUUAAGAAAAAUAACCGCACCGGUUUCCCUCUAUGUUUAAUUUUUUUUCCAAAUGUAAUUUCAAUCCAAAUGCUGCCUUCUACAGGACUUAAGGGUAAAUACAAAGCACGUGUGUUGGCAGGAUGUGCCUCUUAUUAGAGAGCUGUCUGUGAUAGGAAUGUAAAUGAAGUCCCGAGGGGCGAUGCAGCUCGCCGUGACGGCCAAAAUGAUGGCUACGAAAAGAAUGGCACAAAACACAAGCGCCCCUGUUACUUGGCAACCCCUGUGCCAGUCAAACCACAUAUGGCCAGUUAGAUUUUUUUUUUAAUUAUUUUAUUUUUUUAAUGGCAGUGAUGUCAACUGUAGUGCUAUGCAGCAAAGCGAGCUGCCUCUUUUUCUCAUUCACACUCGCGCACACUACAAAAUAUAAACAUAUUUUUAUACUCAAUGUCUCUGUUUGUGGAGAUGAACUACUAAAAUUGUAUUUUUUCCAGUGCCAUAUUAUUUACACAGUCACUUCUAGCGAUGCCCUUUUCCACGCUGCGCAAACAGUAUAAGUGAACCGGAUAUGCAAAAACUCUUGUAAAUAGUGUACUUUAUAGCUGGCGUGGGUAGAUAAUUUAGAAAAUUUAAAUAUACGUGGAUAUUAAAAUAUAUAUACGCGUGGGAUUUAGUGUGCACUGAGCUCAGCAGAUCAGUUAGAAUAGUUCAGAUAAGCAUUCGAUAUGACUGGAGAGUUUUUACUCCCAUGAGGACCAAUAGCGUUAAGAGCACUCUGACCAUUCAGCUUUUUAUCUCAGCAAGGUCCCUAUAGCAGAGGUGCCAACAUCUACAGUGAAGUUGAAGCAUUUACUGUUUAAGCCCUUUGCCAAGCUGAUACGGGAGACACAUGGGGGACAAUACUACUUUUUUUAGUAGAUAAAGUAGCAGAUGGGAAGGAUAAAGGUCACAAGACUUUUAAAAAACAAGUAAGCACAAUUGCCACCUACACUGCCUGGCCCAAAAAAACAGUCAAAGGGCAAAUUAUUGGGCUGCAGUAAGCACUGAAAACAACUAGAGAGAUCUUAAGUUAUUGGAAUCAGGUUAAGAACUGUCCAACUUUAUUAAAACCAUUAGUAAAAUACAUGCAAAAAAAAAAAGGAAAAGGAAAUCGACAGUAUCUAUGUUUAACAGUCAAAACGUCAAGUCAAAACAGUCAAAACUUUAUUUUUUUGGCCCGACUGUGUAUUUUGUUGAGAAAAAAACAAAACAAAACAUUUGCCACACAUUCACAAGGCCAAAGGUAUUCAGUACAUCCUUUAAAGCUGACUAAUAUGAAAGGCAAUAUCAGUUAAACGUCCAUAGUUGGCUUAUGUCUAAAAAUAAAAACAAACCAAAGUGGUUCUAUUUUGUCUUACACUGGUGUUUUUGACUAAAGCCAAGGACUCUGAACAGAGACGUAUAUGUUUAUCCCAGACUGAUACUAUACCUCAUCUGUUCAGUCAUCUUUAGAAAACAUUAGUUAGCUAAAUAGGCAAGAACAAGUAAAUAAAACUAAAAAAAUUAAGAGACUUAGACUUUCUAGCGUUGCAUUAUUCUCUAUGUAGAUGAUCUGCUAGAGUCACUGAAACACAGCUACAAAAGUUUUCCAAGUAUCUCUCUCUCUCUCUCUCUCUCUCUAUUUCUCUUAGAACAGCUUGUUGAACAUUGUUAGUGCCUCUGCUAUAAACUUAAAUCCUAAGCAAUAGAUACAGUAGAUUUGUAUUUUUUUGUUAAAGGAAUGAGUAUUAUAUUUGAUAGAAGAAAUAUGACUGAAUUACUGGACAGGUCUGUAAAUUAAAGUCUAAUUGUACCCUGUAAGUCUUGUAGUUAGACCAAAAAAUUGAAAAGAAAAAAAGAAAGAAAAAAGGUUAAAUGCUUAUUAUCAAGAUGUAAGAUAAGAGCCCUCAAUUAGCACUAUAGAGCAAAUUAGGGCGUACUAACUUUUAGCCAUGUUUGUCUUCAGCUCGAGACGAAUCUUUUACUAAAGUGUUCACAGUGUGUAAAUGACACCGAUACAAACAAAGCUAAAAAAACACUUGAUAAAAUAGAGCUAGAUUUUAUUCAGCAUAGAAUACAUUACUGUAUGUACAGUCUAUUGAUACUAUAUAUCGUUAUUUUAUAGAAAAAAAAGUUUGUCACAGUUCAAAGGCAGUGAAUGAAAAGGGAAGGAGAAGCAGGUGUUAUUUUAUAAAGAAAAGGCAGGUCGAUUUCAUAUGCAGAUCAUUUUUACUGUCAUGGUAAACUGGAAAUGUAAUCCAAGGCAGCUCGUUUCGAAGUGAACUGUUAAAACCAUUCAGCUGCACUGGAGCUUAAAGCAGUCAUCAUCAUUAUCAUCAUCAUCAUCAUCGUCAUGUAUCACUGCUGAACAUAAAGUCUUGCACAAAAGCAAAGAAAACACUCACCAUCCCAAGAAAACCUUGUAGCAUUUGUGCCAGAACACUGUUAAUAAUACUAUUCCGGUGAUGAUCAAAGCAGUAUUUUGUGCCGUGUAUCAUUGUGUAUCAUUCUAAGAAACAAUGUUACAACAGAUUUGUUUCAUCUUUUGUACAGUGUAAAAUUAGACACCUACUGAGCUGACAUGAUGGUUAUUUCUUAUCACUGUGUAAUCUAUAUGUAUUGAUCGAAUAGGCUCAUUUUCAUAGUUUUUACUCAUUUCUGCUAUAUAUUUUACUGGAGGUCUGACAUUUUAACUUUUACCAACAUACGCAAACAAGUUGUGAGUGACACAUUUGUCGCUCACCCUGUUGAAAAUAACCACAGUGUCAUCUAAGAUGUUUAAUUUAGAAGUGUUUUUUUUUCCGUUUUCCAUUUUGAUGAAAAAGAAAAUAUAAAGAGCUUACAUGUAUUGAGAAACGGCACAGUACCCGUGUGUGCCUUUAUACCAAUGUUCCAGACUGUUUCUUGUGCAUUGUUUACAGUUAUGUAUAAAAUCAUAAUACAUACUGUACUCUAGCUUUUUGGAUGUUUUUUUCCUCUGUUAAUUACAGAAACAUGUUUUUUUUAAAGGUAUUUUAAAAGUACAGGAACUCUCCUGUAUACAUAAAUAACUACAGUAGGACUAGAAUGUUCCAUGCCGUUUUUACAACGUACAGUAGAGUAGAAGAAACAUACACAAGACAAAAGUUGACAGAAUAAAUUCAGCGUAAGUACAAGUAGAACGUGGGGAAGAGGUUUGCUGUGUUGUGAUUUAUCGUGUUCAUUUCCCACAAUCACAGCAUGUUCUUGUAUGUCCCUUUUCAAAUUCUACGUUUGGGGAGGCUGCACUGAAAUGUGAAAUAAAGAUCAUUUUACAUAACGUCA